AACACAAACUCAACAGCUUUCUCCUUCAACACCAUGUCAGUAUUAAAUGAAGCCUUACACGGAGCGCGCGCAAAGGGCAUCCUUCCUUACUUUUUCCCUCUCCCCUCAGUCCAAACUUCACCCUCUGAUUAUGCCCCCAUACUAUCGAACCCAAGUAAUUCUUUCCCUAGGUAGAUCGGCUGCUGAAGUUGUAGCCACUUUUGCGCCUGUACCAGGUCUCUACGCUGCGGCAGGUAUGCUCUGUGCAAUAAUGGAACUCACGGAGAAUGUCAUCGCCAACCGACGAGAAGCGCGCCAACUUAGAGAUCGAUGUCAUACGUUGCUGCAAGCUGCAAAAGAAAGCAGCGAAGUGGGGAAUACAAAUAUGAACAAUGCGUUCCAAAUGAUACAAGAAACCCUAUCAAAAGUUCAGUCCAAGAUGGACACAUGGGUAAAACUAGGCCGAAUUAAUUCCUUCCUUCAACAAAAUCAAAUCAAGGAGGAUAUCGAAAAGUGUCACGAAGGUAUAACGGACUGUUUGACGCAUUUCCAGCUCGUCUCCCACAUGGAGAUUCAUAGUUGGCAAGAAGAGUUUUCAGUCAACUUCGCCAUGGACCACCAAGAGGUCAUUACGCUGCUUUCCGACGUCAAAGAAUCACAAAACUUCAUUCAGACUACAACUGUUGACAAUAACACUAUGUUGAAGGAAAUGAUGGUUCUUCUUCAAUCGGCACUCUUCGAGAACAAACACGUCGCUGACAAAACCCACAACGGGCUCGCUUCGAACCUCUAUGAACUACAGCAGAAAACCGACACUCUUUUACCCAACAUGAACCUGCAAUCUGGGGAAGUUGUUCGUGAAGGCAAUUUUCCCGUGAGCGGAACGGCUGCGAUGGAUAUCUACAAAGGGCGGUAUCUCAACCGCGAAGAUGUCGCGAUCAAAGUAGUUAGAGCCGUGAACUCGAAUGAAGCCAGUAGACGACGGUUCAUGAGAGAAGUGAAGGUGUGGACUGAUCUGUGGCAGAGGGACAAGGGAAAACAUAUCCUUCCGUUCUAUGGAUUCUGUCAGACGGACGGGCCCUUCCCAUACAUGGUGAGCCCAUGGCAGUCAAAUGGGACUGCCUUACAGUUUGUGAAGAAAUACGACCUCGGCGUUGAUUAUCUGAAGAUGAUCAAGCAUAUAGCGUUGGGCCUCCAAGUCUUACAUGAAAUGAAAGUCGUUCACGGUGACAUCAAAGCGAGCAAUAUCAUGAUCAGUCCCGAAUUUGAGCCUCUAUUGGCCGAUUUCGGUCUAUCUCAAAUUGUGGAAGAUAUAACUGGGAUACCGUUUACCCAAAGUCGGGGAGUAUCCGACUCUUAUCGCUGGUUUGCACCUGAGGUGUGUAAAGGACAGGGCGUGUUGUCUGCAAGGUCAGAUGUGUAUGCGUUAGGCAUGACAAUUCUAGAGCUCUUUACCCACCAACAACCAUACCAGAAAAUCAAGCACACAACAGAGGUAGUGAUUCGGCGUGAAAAGGGUGAACUACCUGAGCGGCCUAAUGAAACAAGGAUCUUGCAGAGAGGACUGGACGAGCAGCUUUGGAUGUUGUUAGAAGACUGUUGGAGGACGACUGCUAGUGAAAGACCGAAGAUCGAUGAAGUGAUUCAGAGAAUGACGUGGUCCUAGUUACUUCUCUCGUGGAUAAGACAGUUCGCACUUCUGGCGAGUACUGCCUAAUGUAACCGUUAUAAUUUACAACCCACUAUGUACUUUGUAUGUUUGUUUAAUUACUCGAAUCCUUGACAUGCCAGUGCACGGUUGCUUACGUACGUCCCCGGC